UAGUCAUGUACAAAAGCCGGCACAUGGACUUUGGAGUAUGUGAUUUCAUUUUCUACAUUUCAAGGAGAGCUGGGAUGAUACUGACUGGUUGCAUGGCUGCUAGUACAUAUAUGCUACUGAUAUUCCAGAUUCUUCUCAUUUCUGGUGUAACUAAAGGACAGCUUAUUAUCAUCAAUACAUCUGUAAAUGCAACCAAGGGAAAUGAUGUUAUACUACCAGUGAAUUUUACACCCCCUGCUGAGUAUGCAGUUAUAGAAUGGAAGUUUGGGGAGAUCACAGCUGGAUUAUGGCUCAUUAACCCAUCUUACAAAUCAUUAACUUAUGGAUAUAAUAUUACUAAUACAGGAUCACUGGUGAUUUAUAACUCAGGAACGAACAACACUGGCAAGUACACUGUGACAUUAAGCAUGGCUGGACAUGUCUCUGAUGUACAAGUCUUCACUCUUAAAGUGUAUGAUCUACUACCUGAAAAACCAACCUGUCAGCUGGAUUCUAUAAACAACAGCAUUCUCCACUUCAGUUGUGUCUGGACUGGUAACAAUACACAACGUCCAAAUCUGACAUUUUCCGGUCUAGAUGGUGACAUGACAGGCAUUUCCUUUGUAGAACAGAAUGUGACAAACCUAGAUCGUGUCAAAGGAAAGAAAAUCAUAUGUGUUGGUGAAAAUGAUUUUCAAACAGGGAACUGCAGCAUAAUACCGGGUUCUCCAUCUGACUUUACAUAUUCCAAGAAAGUAUCAUAUAGCCCUGAGAUGGUGACAUUAGUACUUCAUACAACUGGAAACUCCAGCCCACCGGCUAAAGUUCAAUGGUUUAUAGGCAACAAAACAUUAUACAGUGAAGGAAAUUAUAACAUAUCAGCAGAUACAUACCAGCUCACAAUCUUAAACUUCACUUUGCAAGAUGAACAGGAAUCUUUCAUUGCCAACUGCACAAAUCUCUAUGGCACCCAGUAUGUGGACAUUGUUUUAUCAAAUGGUUAUCCAUCUGUGCACAUGAGGCAGGUGAUACACAGUACCAGGACACCCAUAUCAACCACAGAGGCUGGGAAAACUGUAGUUCUUGUCAGCCAUAUAGUCCAGAAUCUGAGGGAGGAAGGCCAGGGAGACCUGAGUGUGGGCCUGCAGACCACGUGA